AUGAGGCCAUUGUGUAAAUAAAAUCAAAUUAGUAUGUAUGUUACCUGUGACUAUUUAAAGAAAAGGAUUAAAGGGGAUAAAAAUAUAAGUCAAACUAAUUUUAAUUAAUAUUAGGCAUAAAAUAUGGGUUUAAUACAACUUAAUACAUGUAAAGCAACGUACCAGUAUUCUAUACUAAGAUUUUCUGAUAUAACUAAUGCAUGGAAUUUAAGUCAUUAUAUUUGUGUUUUGUUUUGUUUUUUUAGUUCGUCAACAUUCAGUUCAACGUUCUUUCGUUACGGAAAGUUGAAACGUCAGCUUUAAGAACUGGGCGUUGCCGUGCUCACGUCAGCGGAACAAAACAAAGAUUGGACUUCCGGUUGUCGCACGUUGCUCUUUCCUCCUCACCACAAGUGCACCCUGUGCUGUUAAACCAGAGGGGAAAAACAAGCCAAAAUGCCGAAAACAAAGCAGUCCAAAAGGAGGAAGAAGUUCGACUACAACAUGGACCGGAAGAAGCUGAAAAAAAAGUUUCUGAAGAAAAGCAACCCGAGGAUAGAAAAUCGGCAGAUUCGAAAUGCGUGGGACAGUAAGAAGUCAAUGGCUAGGAACCUGCAGGAGAUGGGUCUGGCGUUUGAUCCAAAUCGAAGUCUGCCGAUAAAGAAACAGAGGCUCCUGGGUGAGGACAAACAGACCAAAGCUCCUGUCAACAUCGUGACCAAACCCUACGUCCUCAACCAGCUGGAAGAGGAGGCGAGUCUACCAGAGAAAGACUCCAAGACGUUAUCUUCCGACCUGAUCGAGUACGUUCAGUACAUGAUCCGAGAACACAAGGAUAACUUCAAGGAAAUGGCCAGAGAUGAGAAGAACUACUACCAGGACACCCCCAAACAGAUCAAGAGGAAAAUAAACGAGUACAAACGCUGCCAUCCGCAGCACUACGAGGCUUUCAUCAGCUCGCUGGCUGCUCCACAGCCCAUGGAGCAGUAGAGACUGCCGGACUUUAUUUCAUUCUCUUUACCGGGAUGAAAAGGACUUCAUUCGUCAGCAGACGGGAUGUUCAGACUGUGACAGCUGACAAGUGACAGAGAAUGGAGACACCCCCAGAGAACCGAGCGAUGAGAUCUGUCUCAUUCAGGAUCCUUCAGGUGUUUUCGAUGUUUUCCCAGCUGUAAAGGUUUCUGUUUUUAUUUCCACAUUUUGUCCUGAUCUCACGGUCUGUUGUGUGUUACGUGUUUUCAAAGUCAAAUAUAAAAGACAGAUGUUUUUGAAGCCUGUUUUGUGUGUUUUUCCUCCGCUAAAAUGAAAUAUAUGGGAGCAGUUUUGCUCUCCAAGUUACUGGCUCUGAAAGAAGAUAAACCUCUAGAUUAGUCGUUCCCAACCUUUUUUCCCAUGAGCCCCUGCUUAUAUCGCAGAGGAGCCGAGGACCUCCAGAACCCACACAAACAAAAGGUGACACAUGGAUGUCAAAAAUUAACAUCAAACUAAAAGGUUUUCAUUGUUCAAAUCUCUAUAAAAUAGCCACAGACAGAGGUUUUUUCAUCAAAAGACCUUUACAUGAACAAUUCAUUAGUGCUCUAUCAUCACUUUAGUACAAGUGAAUCUAAUUUUAGCAACCUCAAGGCAGACAGAGCCUUGCACCCCCUUAAAAUCUCUGGCAGGUUUUUCUGUCUAGUUUGACCGAUACCCGCUCAUGGUGCAAGGAAAAAAAGAAGAGACCUAGAAUCUGAAAAUUCUCCGUGCAUCAGACGUGCAGCGUCUCUGAGAUGCAGCCCUAACACUGGCUGCCAGUCUGAAACAGCGGUUACUAUAGCAACAGCGAGGCGUGACGUCACAGUACCAGUGCGGACCAAAAAGUGGCGGCCUCCAGGGGAGUUUAUGAACUCAAAUUACUCAAAAUGCAGAUAUCUAGUGAGUUUUUAGGUCAGUAUACAUAUGAGAGUUACAAAUAUCUAUCCAACAAGAUGAACUUAAUGAUCUGCAGGGUUAAUUUGAAUAAGGCGAGGCUUCUGGGGCUUUUCUCAAGUUUUUAAAGCACAAAAUAAACAAGGAUGCAGGCUUGAUUCAUCACAUGGGAGAAUGGUUAUGAUUUUCAAAUAUCCUGUUAUUGAUAUCAAUAUUUAAACUUUUAUGUCUUUAAUCUUGUCUUAAAAACACAUUUCCUGUUUUUUUUUGCUGAUGCCUUGUUGUAAUGAAGUACUUCGACCAGACGGUGGCAGUAAUGCAUUUUAAAGCUGUUUGCUAACCACCAUAUAAACGGUGACUAAAAAGUAUUUGUCCCCUUGGAUGUCGAUGAAAACAUAUUUCUACAAAGUAAUGUCAACUGAAUAAAAAACUUCCCUCCUCUUGA